AUGCCUACGCUCGAGGAACGAUUCCGCGUACUCGAACUGCUGACAUCGCUAUCACCGCACUACACAAAGGAGUGUACGCGUCAUGCUCAGUCAGUGUACAAAGAACAAGCGGAGGAGCGGUAUGCGUCCCUCAUCGGGCACGAGUCGCCCUCACGGACCUCUUGGCUCGACACGCUUAGGCUCAGCUCGGGCGCCGAGGGUGACUACAUCCCGCCGUCGCGGCAGCUCACGGCGGACAGCCACAAGUACUUUUUCGCGAUUAACCUGUACAACUCGUUCGACAUCAUCCCGGACCUGUUUGCGACGCUCUUCCGCGUGGCUGCGAUCCUGGGGUACCACAACGUGUACGUGUCGAUCUACGAGAACGGAUCGACGGACCAGACGAAGGCCUUGCUGCGCAUCUUUGACGCGCUCUGCCGUUCAGUCGGCAUGCGCGUCACGAUCCGCACGUCGAUGCGCACGCGUGGUGCAUUCAAUCACCGCAUCGAGUACCUCGCCGAGGUGCGUAACGCCGCGUUCGUGCCAUUGCAUGAGCUGCGCGACGCAGAAAAUGAGUAUUUCGAUACCAUCAUCUUCAUGAACGACGUCCUCCCGUGCGUCGAUGACCUGCUCGAGCUUAUCUGGCAGAGCCGGCGAAAUAAUGCCGGCAUCACCUGCGCCGCCGACUAUAUGUACCACGAGGAACUAGGCUCUCCCGUAUUCUACGACAACUGGGUCGCGCGAGACAUCAAUGGCACUGCCCUUGAGAAUGCACCGUUUGAGUCGGUAUUCCACCACGGUGCAUCGCAAGACCGCUUUCAAAGGCACUUGCCGAUCCAGGUCCAGUCUUGCUGGAACGGUAUCGCAGUGCUCGACCCCGCGCCAUUCUACUCGCCUCCGCACGUCCGCUUCCGCAUGGCGCGCAUCGUUGACGGCGAAUGCUCUGCGUCCGAGUGCAGUUUGAUCUGCAACGACUACUGGGAGGUUGGCUAUGGACGAAUUCUUAUGGUCCCACGUGUGAAACUCGCCUAUGAUUCGAGAGUAUACGACAUCAUCCACCCUGGGCGAAGAAACCUCACUGCCAUCCGAGGGUACGUCCGCCUCGGUGGCCUGCCCGACAACCCGCGAACGGAUCCACAAGACCGUGCGUGGUUCGGGCCUCAUGACCGGCUCUUCACCGACGAAGAGAGCAUACCCAUUGACUUCCAGCCAGGACCCGACUAUGUAUGGUGUUGGGGUUGGGACGGCGCGGGUGAUCUCGAUGGUCCAGACGUUGACCCUAUCUGGGAGCGUAUGCCGAACAAGUCGAUGAGCGCAGAUGCAGUGAGAGUACGGCAUGAUCGGAGCAUGAGACAUUAG